AUGGGCUUUAACGUUCUGGCCGCACUGGCCCUCGCCUCUUAUUUCAUCUCUGUUCAAGCCCAGUCAUUCUGGGAGGAGGGGCAAGUCAACACCACGCUAUGCUACUGGCAACAGCCAAGAGCUGCCAUUAUCCGAGACACUAUCUACAUGGAUGGUGGGAGGACAUGGUGGAUUCCAGGUAUGGCUGAUGGGUCUCUCGGGUCUUUGAUCCCCGAUGACAACCCGUAUGGUCGUAUCUUCACCCUUAAUCUUAGCACUCCCUUCGAAACCAAAGACAAUGUUACCGCAAAAUUCAGGAUCAAGACUAAAGCCCCGCCCGGAAGUGUAGUCAACAACAACGACCCAAACUACAUUGAUGGCGCCUUGUUGGCAAAUGACGCUGAAUGGUUCGCCUAUGGUGGCCUUCUCCGGAAAACCGCCGCCUUCAACACGGAGCCCGCAAAAGACCUAGUUUCUGGCUACAGGCAGUAUCAGUACGGCACAGAAAAGCCAGGAUUUGCCCCAGGCCUUUUCAAAAGCAGUCUGGAGACUGAUAGCACGAACGUCACUCGCUACAUUGCUUUUGGAGGUGCGGCAAGUGCGCCAUCUGAGAAUCUGGCGUGGUACUUUUCGGGAGUCCAAACAGAAUCGAAAGGCCCCAUCUACACCUCAUCAGCCAACCGCUCAACAUCACCUACUCGGAUAGUCGAUUCUUUGAUUACGUUGGACAUGAAGGAGCAACAGGACGAAAAGUGGAAGAACAGCACGCUUCCCCCCGGAAUCUCUGGUCGAGCGAACCCUGAGUUGGUCUGGGUUCCCGUUGGUGCCAAGGGCAUUCUCGUCGUUCUCGGGGGCGUCAUUUUCCCUGAUUUUAUAAGUUCUGGGACCUCGGAUAACGAGACCGAAAGCAAGGCAAUAAGUCCCAAAUUCAUGACUACAAUCGAUGUAUACGAUGUUGCGAACGACCGAUGGUACAGCCAGCCGACGACAGGCGACAACCCUGGACAACUCACUCGCGGCUGUGCCGUGGUAGCACCUGCUGAAGAUCAAUCAAGCUUCAACAUCUAUUAUUACGGCGGCUACAAGGGACUCAAGGAGACCGAUGACUUUAAUGACGAUGUCUGGGUGCUUUCCGUGCCAUCUUUUACCUGGACGAAGAUCACGUCGAGCACGUCCAACGGCCGGGCUGGACACAAGUGUUUCAUGCCUUAUCCUGAUCAGAUGUUUGUUAUGGGGGGGUAUACAAGUACGCCCGAAGAUCGGCCUCCAGAUUGUGUCACUGAGCUUGUUCGAGUGUUCAACUUGACAUCCGGAACCUGGCUAUCUGGAUACGACCCUGCUAAGCACUGGUCCUAUGGUGUUCCUGGGGCCAUCCAAAAGAAGAUCGGUGGUUCUGCUACAGGUGGUGCAACCGCACGCGCGCCGAGCAAUGGCUGGGCUGCGGCAGAUCUGGGAAAAGUCUUUGACACCAAGUAUCCGACCAAGAUCGCGACAUGGUACCCGUAUGUGUCUGAAGCGCCAGUAAACAACACUAAUCCGACGUCUCCUGGCAGUGGUGAUUCCCAUGAGAAAAGAUCAGGGGGUGUACCAUCCUGGCUCCCUCCCGUGCUUGGUGUGGUGCUAGGGCUGAUGCUCUUGACUAUAAUCGUUGUCCUGGUCCUCCUCUGGAGGCGCCGCAGGUUAUUGAGGGCUGGCACCAGUGUACCCGAAACUGAAGACACAAAUGGCUACCGAAUUAUGUCCUGGAUGCGCGGUCAGCAGCAACACGCCACUGAAAAGGCCCCUACCGUCACGACCUCGGAUGAACUCAGCACGAUCCCUCAUAGCCCCAGUCCUAUGCAAGAUCUGGAAAGCACAGGAUCACCUAUGCCGCCGCCCUCAAUUGCCGAAGCUAUGGACACACAGAUUACGCCGCCGCCAGCCCCAGUGGAGUUGAUGGAUACCUCGCCUCCCGCCGAACUCCACGACACUAGCUUGAGUCACAUUGAUGUCUUGAAUCGCCAUUCGAGCGUCGGUCGAAUCAACACAGCCGGAAAUGGCUCUCUCAACAACCCGUCAUAUUACACGGGAGGGACACAGCAGAUGGACCACGCGAGCAACCACACCCGCUCGUCCAUGGGUGUUGCCUCUUCUCUGCCGCCGCAUAUGCAAGGCGUCGAUGGUGCCCCAACCAACUUCCGUCCCGACUCGGAGCUGAUGGGCAGUGUUCCAUCCGGGGCUGCGUCCGCUAACAGAGACAUGCCUUCACCCACGGUUUCACCAACCACCACAACAGCGACCCGCGGCUUUGCCCUCUCGGACGUCUCCAAUGUCAGCGAGCGCGAUAAGACACACCUCCGACAGAUCAGCGACGCAACCGUGAGCUCCAUGACCUCGGGACAAACGUCUCUCAACAACGGACAGCAACCAUCCAACGUCAAGAGCAACCACCGCUUCAGCAACGGCCCAGCCCCCAGCUCCGUCCCUGAGGAACAUGUGAUCGAUCAGCAGGGCGUGCAACAGGCGCCUGACCACCUCCCUACCCCCCAGUCCGCAACUUCCGCUAUGGGCGGAUCGCUGUCACUGGGAUCGCCGCAGCCGAUAUCGCCGCCUACGGCAGGGUUAACGGAGGGGAGCGAGGAUUACAUGAGCGUUAGGCCACAGCCACCGUCAACGGCAGCUAUUGGCUCAGGGGUCGCUGGAGGUGCUGGGGCGACAAGUAGUCCGAGACGGAGCAUGUUCACGGAGAGCAAGGAAGAUAUGAAUGGGACUGGCCCGGGAGGUGCUGGCAGGUAG